ACACACACACAGACACACACACACACACACACUCUCUCUCACACACACACACACACACACACACACACAUUACGCGAAUACAUACAUACACUAACAGACGUCAGUGUUAAAUGAAUAAAUAAGCAGAAACACUCGUUAAUGGACCUGAGAUGUAAACGUUGACUCGAUGUAUUGACUGUGAUCAGAUCAAGUGAUGAAUGAAGAAGAUGAAGAUGAACUGUGAUUAAUGAUCAGUUUGCUCUGGUGUGAGCAGAGAGGGAUGAUUAUGUGAGGAAUAUUAACUGAUAAAGGGUUUCCGGAGAGCCGUGUAAUAAAACUCUAUUAAAGUGACACUUCACUCAUUCUGUCUUUAUUUACUCUCUCUCCUGUUGUUCGGAUCUGUUUGUCUGUCUCUCAACACUGAAAGACAUUAUGAGAAAUGUCUCUCUGGUUUGGUUUUGUUCAUUAAUGCAAGUCAUUGUGUUCAGUAUUGUUUGGUUCCCGACGUUCCUCACAUUAUCUUUUAUUUUGUGAUCAGCAGAAGAAAGAAAGUCAAACAGGUUUGGAAUAAUGUGAGAGAAUGAUGACAGAUGUAUUAUUUGUGACUGCUUUAAACGUCUAAUACGUGUAAUCACUAGAGAUCUGGAGGACUGAAGGCUGAUACUGUAGUUAAAGACUCGUAUGAAGCAGCUGAUGUGAUUCACUCCUGUAAUGCAGUGCGAUCCGAGUUCAGUUCGGUUCAGGAAACAGAAGCACGCUUUAGUCACAGAGUUUCUGUGUAACCGCAUGUCUUUCUGUGUAAAGUUAUCUCUAUAUCUGAAGGACAUAACUAGGAGAAAACAGUCAGAUUUGCAUGUUUCCUUUUGACGCGCUGAAUCAGACACACUGCAAUAAAUAUGUGUUUAUCUGUUUCCACUAAAUAGCUCACAUAUGUUUAUCUUCUCAGCAAAACUGCAUACAUUUAAUUUGAUAUAAUUCUAUUUGUCCAGUGUAAAAGAAAGAGAUCAUUUAAAUAUCUGAAACUAUUUGAAACCCUUUAGUUUUUAUGGAUAUUUUCAUGUAUUUAUUCUAAACCAUGGCAGGGAUAGUAUUACUGUGGUUCUAAUUAAAUGAACUGGCUGUUACUGUCGUAUGCUGCUUUAUAAGUCCACACGUACGUUUACCUGAAAGGUUAGGAAGUAAAUGAGCUAAGUCUGUCUCGGAGGGAAAAAAGAGGGGUUUGGGAAAUUAGAAAAUAAGGUGUUAUCUGGAGCUGAAUUGCAUAUUUUGUGAUUGGCUGUUAUGUGAUCCAAGACACACUUCCAAUGCACUGCUGGAAUCAGGGAAUCUUCCCGUCCCAGAUGAGUAUUUCUCCUCAGGGUUAUAGUGACCAGAAGAGUGUCAGACGCAGGCCGCUGGGUUCUUCACUGCUGAGGGUGUUGUGUUCUGGGAAACACUCGGUUCUUGGCUCGACAGUGAUCUGAUCUUGUGUUUCUGAGCCCCGCUCCGCUUUGAUUCAUAAACAUGCUAAAAUAAGAUUUGGAUUCAGCUUUGGAACAGUUUCUCUGAGAAAGCCGAUCCUGGACGGCCGUGAUUAGAGGUGGAAGAUGAAAACAGAGUAAAUAUGAGAUCAGUCGCGGCUCCUAAUGUGCAGCAGAUGUUGUGCUCCUCUCGACGGGACAGAUCUCGAGGAAGGUCUCGUGAUGGCCCGAAGCGCUCCAGUGCUGUACCUCCGUGUAAACGAGACGCAUUCGAGGAUCUGACGCACGCCAGAAUGUUCUGAAAUACAAACCGUUUGCUGUUUCUUUGACCGAAGCUUUGGCCUCAGUUCUGUCUGUAAGACACUGUACUCCAUCAAGAGCAAAGACUGCACUGUUAGUCAUGCGUUUGUCUUUUUACAUUUUAAAGGAACCGUUCAGCCAAAAUCUCCUCACCCUCAGGAUUAUCCAUCUGAGAUCAGCAUGAGUUUGUGUUUAUGGAAACAGAUUUGUAGAAAUGUAGCACUGCAUCAGUGUCUCAUCAAUGGAUGCUCUGCAGUGAAUGGGUGCCACUCUGUGUGUUUGAGUUAAAAUCAUCUUAAUGCUGGAUGUGUUUCAGGUUUUGUCUUCUCCAGAUGUUCACUGAUGGACUGGAGUGCUGUGGAUUAUUGUGAUGUUUUUAUCAGACUCUCAUUCUGACGGCACCCAUUCACUGCAGAGCAUCCAUUGAUGAGACACUGAUGCAGUGCUACAUUUCUACAAACCUGAUGAAGACACACACUCCUCCUGAUCUCUGAUGGAUAAUCCUGAGCUUAGUUUCCUGUAGUAAUAGCUGGGUGAUAAUAAAGUUAGAUUUUACGAUGAUAUGAACAAACGUGUGUAGAAUUGCUAUAAAUUAUUGUAAUGUAUGGGAUUGUUGAUAAUGUUGUAAUACUUCUUGUAAGCUAGCUAUUAUGUGUUAGACUUUAACAGUGUCCUUCAUUUUGACAGAUAGGGUCGUAACAAUACCAUCAGAAUCUAUUAUUACCCAUUAUUUAAAUUUUCUUAUUUUAAUUAUAAUAACACAAUUAAUUCAUUUUAUUUUUUAAUAAUGAACCAAUAGGAUGAGUAAAUAUCUUCUGUAUUUAUUUAUUAAUGAUAGACCAGAUGAGCAGAACACAGGAAGACCUUCAGAUGAUGUGUUUAGUUACGAGCUGUUGACUGUGGUUUGUGUUCGUUCAUGUGAAUCACUUCUGAUUCACUGCUUAUUCACUUCUGAUUCACUGCUUAUUCACUUCUGAUUCACUGCUUAUUCACUUCUGAUUCACUUCUGAUUCACUGCUUAUUCACUUCUGAUUCACUGCUUAUUCACUUCUGAUUCACUGCUGAUUCACUUCUGAUUCACUGCUUAUUCACUUCUGAUUCACUGCUUAUUCACUUCUGAUUCACUGCUGAUUCACUUCUGAUUCACUGCUGAUUCACUUCUGAUUCACUUCUGAUUCACUGCUGAUUCACUUCUGAUUCACUGCUGAUUCACUUCUGAUUCACUGCUUAUUCACUUCUGAUUCACUGCUGAUUCACUGCUGAUUCACUGCUUAUUCACUUCUGAUUCACUGCUUAUUCACUGCUGAUUCACUGCUUAUUCACUGCUGAUUCACUGCUUAUUCACUGCUUAUUCACUGCUGAUUCACUUCUGAUUCACUGCUUAUUCACUGCUGAUUCACUGCUUAUUCACUGCUGAUUCACUGCUGAUUCACUGCUUAUUCACUUCUGAUUCACUGCUUAUUCACUUCUGAUUCACUGCUGAUUCACUGCUGAUUCACUGCUGAUUCACUUCUGAUUCACUGCUGAUUCACUGCUGAUUCACUUCUGAUUCACUUUUGAUUCACUGCUGAUUCACUGCUGAUUCACUGCUGAUUCACUGCUGAUUCACUUCUGAUUCACUGCUGAUUCACUGAUUCUCUCAAUCAAUCUUUAGCAAACAGUGAAACACUUUAAUCAGCUCAGCACAUUUAAGACAAACUCUAUAACCUUUCGAGCUAGAUUGAUUCAGUUAGGGGUGCUCCGAUCACGAUCGGCCGAUCGUUAAGCGCAUCUCGUCAGUAAAGCUGGUGUUCUGUCGAUUUGUCCUACACUGUCAGAUUUUCCUACCUUCCACUAAAACAGUGGGUAGUACAAUUCCACAACGAAAAAUGCUACUGUAAAGUUAUGGUUUAUUAACGUCUACACCUACCACAACCCUAAUCAUACCCUUACAGUACUGCAAAUACAGUAAUUAUGUGUUAUAUUAGCGGUUGUAGCUAGAAGGGAUACAGCGUCAGGAAACCAACAAUAAAUAUUAUUUUCUGCCAAUUAGAUUGCGUUUUUAUUAAAGUCUACACCUACCCCAACCCUAAACCUACCGUUACAGUAAUGCAGAUACAUUAAAUAUCGUUGUUUAGCAUGAGACAACGGACGCGAUAUUGAUGUGCGCGUGCGCAGUAAACCCAGGUAGGAAACUCUGACAGGGUAGGAUAAAAUGUCAGGACACCGGUUCUCUAAUCAGUGGUUAAUUCCGUCAGGUGCGUGAUUUCACAUAGAGCAGCUUGAAGAGUUAACACAUUUAGUCCUGUUUUACUCUGACAGUCUUUAGGAUGAAAGAAGGACUGAGAGGAGCUGGUGGUUCUGUCGGUUCGUGUUUGCUCGGGUUUAAGUGCUCCGUGCUAAACUAGUCACCUUUAAUCCUGCGCUUUCUAAAGCCCAAUAAAGUGGAACAUCAUAAAGCGUCUGUCGGACUCAUAAAGAGAGCAUUGUCCUGAUUCCUCCCUCGAGUGAAACUGAACCGGCGACAGAAACCCUGAACCGACCCAAACCUGUCACCCUGAUCACUAUCGGUCUCCAUGGAGACGGUCAGAGAGAGAGUGUGUGUGUGUGUGUGUGUGUGUGAGUGAGGUAAACGGAGGGUCUCUGAUGAUGAGAUUAAAUGCAGCCAGGCAGACUGUCUCCUUUAGCCCCUACACACACACACACACACACACACUCGCGACGGACUCAUUGUUUAGGUAUUACUUGCUCUUUAGGGUCUUAAAUUACCAGAGCAAUUGAUCUCUCUGCCCUCCUGCAAGGCCUCCAGGACCACUGUGGGAAACACACACACACACACACACGGCGGGACACUGCUGCCCUCUCCUGGUGAGCAGAGAAACUGCAGAUUCACACAGGGACAGACAGAUGUUCAUACAGAUGUGAAUGAUUCUGAAUUUGUAUUUAAAGAGAUGUGCGUGCGCGUGCAUGUGUGUGUGCGUGAGGUCCAAAUAUAUUACUGCAGUCAACACAUUUAUUUAAUUUUCAGUAGUUUCAUGUUUCAAGUAUUACAGCUUUUUGGAAAACCAGGGGUCUCCCCAAGUUUUUUGGGCUUUAUGGGGGGUGUGGGACUCAAAUCACAAACAUACAAACAAAUCAGUGGGACGAACGAAAUCUGUCUCUGGUCAUGUGAUCUGGAGAUGUUUUGUUUCUGUCUGCUUUCACUGUUAGACGAAUCACAGACUCUUCAUGAACAGCAGUUGACCUCUGACCUCUGACCCGUCUGAUGCUGUUAUUCCAGCC